GCCCGGGUAGGAAGCGCCGCAGGCUGCAGGGCUUGUGUCUGCGUGGGCUUCGUGAUUUAACUUCGAGCACGUUAAAUGGGAGUAACCUCCUAUGUGCUUUGUGUUGUAAAGGCUGAAGGUUUGGAAACGGAUGUUGGAAGAUGUUAGCUGUGGAUACUGGGGUUGUGGAGGAGUGGUUAUCAGAGUUUAAGACACUGCCAGAAGCAUCCAUAUCCAGCUAUGCUACCAGUUUGAAAGACAAGACUGCUUUGAUUUCAUCUCUUUAUAAAGUGAUUCAGGAUCCACAAAGUGAACUUUUGGAGCCGGUUUGCCAUCAGCUGUUUGAGUUCUAUCGCAGUGGUGAGGAACAAUUGCUACGGUUUACGCUGCAGUUUCUGCCAGAAUUGAUGUGGUGCUAUCUUGCUGUCUCAGCCAGCAGAGAUUUGCAGAGCAGUGGGUGCAUAGAGGCUCUUCUCCUGGGAGUUUAUAACUUGGAGAUAGUUGACAAAGAGGGACAUAGCAAAGUGCUGAGUUUCACAAUUCCGUCUUUGUCCAAACCUUCAGUCUAUCAUGAACCUUCCAGCAUUGGCUCCAUAGCUCUCACUGAAGGAGCUUUGUCUCAGCAUGGUUUGUCCAGGGUUGUGUACAGUGGACCUCAUCCUCAAAGGGAGAUGCUAACAGCGCAGAACAGGUUCGAAGUGCUGACUUUCCUUCUGCUCUGUUACAAUGCUGCCUUAAGCUACAUGCCUGCAGUGUCUCUUCAGUCAUUGUGUCAAAUUUGUUCAAGAAUUUGUGUCUGUGGAUAUCCUCGCCAACAAGUGAGAAAGUACAAGGGAGUCAACAGCAGGAUUCCAGUUUCAUCUGAAUUCAUGGUGCAAAUGCUAACAGGGAUCUAUUAUGCCUUUUAUAAUGGAGAAUGGGAUCUGGCUCGUAAAGCUAUGGAUGACGUUUUGUAUAGAGCACAGCUUGAACUGUAUCCAGAACCUCUGCUGGUUGCUAAUGCAAUAAAAGCUUCACUGCCUCAGGGUGCCAUGAAAUCAAAUAAAGAAGGUACAAGAUGCAUUCAGGUUGAAAUUACACCUACUUCAUCCAGAAUAUCAAGAAAUGCUGUAACUAGCAUGUCUAUCCGAGGGCAUAGAUGGAAAAGGCAUGGUAAUUCUGAUUUAGGAAUUCAAGAAGAACUAAUAGAGGUAUCUGAAACUGAUGAAGGGUUUUACUCUAGGGCUACUUCUAGUGCAAGUCAGUCUGCCCUAUCUAACAGCAGCAACACGAGCAGCAAGAACCUUCUAGGGAAGAGCCAGCGAAGGUCUGGAGGAAUCAAAGCUGGAGGAAAAGAAAAAGAAGGAGAAACCUGUAGAGAACACUUAUCACGAAAACAAACUCAGAGAGCCAUGAGUGAGAAUCUAGAGCUUGUCUCUCUGAAGAGACUGACACUGACAACUAGCCAGUCCCUGCCUAAGCCUGGCAGUCAUAGUCUGGCCAGAACGACCACUACUGUGUUUAGUAAAUCCUUUGAACAGGUCAGUGGUGUCACAGUUCCAAAUAAUCAUGGUGGUGUCUCUGGUACAGAGGCAAACAGGUUUUCAGCUUGCAGUCUUCAAGAGGAAAAACUGAUAUAUGGAACAGAAAGAACAGAUCUUCCAAUUUUAAGCAAACCACCUAAUCAGCAGCGACCUCCAAGUAUUAGCAUAACUUUGUCAACAGAUUGAUAUUAAAUUGGGCAUUAUGAAAAAUAAAUGAUUGAGGAUUUGUCCUGAUAUUGGUACAUUAAACUCCUUAAUAUGCUAUACAUUACUUCCUUAAACCGCAAGCCUGUAAAUUCUUAUUUGGCUCACAUUUGACAGUAAUAGUGAAUAGACAACAAUUGUAAUUAUUUUUGAGUCAACUUCUGAUAGCUUGGAAAGUGUACUCUUUUUACAGCUUCAUGAGAAGUUUACACCUUCCCCAGUUGAACAAGCAUUAAUUGGUUGUUUGGCCACUGAUAAAGGUGUGUGGCUUCUUACAGAUGUGUGGUGUGGGAACAAAUAGAGCCUCUCUCCCGGAUUCUGCUUUUUCACUACCCUUGGCAUAGGCAAAACUGCAAGUACUUCUUUUUUUUUGGGAGGAGUCUUGCAGUAUUGUCAUGAAGUUUUGGAACAGCAUCAUAAGAACAAACAUUCUCUUACAUUAGCCGUGAGAAAGCUGUGCUUACAUGUAAGGUUAAAACUAGAAGCAUCACUACAGCGUUUGAUGUUGUGGUUGGUUUUGUAAUGGUGGUUAGUACAUGUUGCAAUGUUCAUACUUCUUUAUACCUGUAUGAGUCCAAUUUAUGGAUGCAUUUUGGUUUUCCUAUAUGUCUUCAGAACUGGGCCAAAGGUCAUACAGCAGCAGUACUUCUGGGUGGGAGUUAUUAUCACUUGCUAUAGUAGUCAGUCUUUAAUCUUAAAAAUUAUGUGACAGACUCUGUCUUUCUUUAGGAUUCUUAAAUAUCAGUUGCAAAGCCGCUCAUUGAAAAGUCUGUCAUCAGUAUUUUUAUUAUUUGUGGGGAAGAGAUGUGCUUGUGUAUCAAUGUUACGUAGGAAAUAUGAGCCCUUUCCACUGACUCAAGCAAAUCAGGAGUGUGAAUGUGUUUAACAUGAACUUUGUACUUGAGACUAAGAGAAUACUACCAAAGGAUGUGUACUUUCAGUAACUUGCAAGCACAAAGGGAAAUUAUAAUGUAAAUAUAACUAACACUGUAAUUCCUAGUCUUUUAUAUCUAUUAUUUUUCUAGUUUGAAAUUCUAAACCAGCAGCCUAUUUAAGGUUACCUAACCCUUAACCUUCAAUGAGUUUGUUUGAUACCAACUUUUAUAAUGUUAGGAUUUUAAUCAAAAAAGAACAUUAAAACUUCUUAUGCAGAAAUUUGAAGAAGCAGUAGCUGACAAAACCACUCCAGUAGCAAUGAUUGGCUGAUAAACGGACAAUGUAUUAUUAUGAGUGGAGAAAUAGGAUGAAGAUCUGAGGCAUAGUCACUCCCAACUGUCCAGAUUUCUGCAGCUGUUAAUCUAUUAUUGUCAAGAGCCUUGUAAGAAAACAAUCACUAAAAUUCUGGUAGACUUUCCCAUUUGCCUAGAAAUAAAUUUAGAUACUCCUUUAUGACUUAAACUGAAGCACAAAUAACCUUUAAGCAGCUAAUGUUAUUCAGGUUUAUAGCAAUUAAUUAGCUGGUUAAUUAGUGAAAAGAGAUGAGACACAGUUGAUAGAGACAGGUUAUAUAAUUGUACUACUAAGACUGCAGACUAGAUGUGUCCCUUCCUUAAAAUUCACCAAAGUAUGUAGAAUAACUCCAUCAAUCUGUAGGUGUUUGUCUUCACCUGAGAGCCUGAGCUUAAAGGAAUAUGCCACACUUUUUCAUUCUUCAGUUCGUUGUGUGACACUGUUCUAUUCUAGUAGCAUAGUAUUUCACCUUUUUACAGUGAAAUGUUUUCUUAAUUGUACAUGAAAACUUAAUUCCUAAUGUAUAAACUAUAAAUUUGCCCUGUUAAUUUUUUAGUACUUUAGCCAGUGAAAGAAACUGGUUCUUUGAGGUCGUAUAUUUUUGUAAAUACUUUGUACAGCAGAAAAUUUUGCCUCUCUUUUUAAGGUUUUUCUGCAAUAUACAUUAGCAUUUUUGUUUCAGAUUGGCUAAUACAUGUGGCUGCUGGAGCAGGCAUAACCAUGAGCAACAGAAGGGUGUUGGGCAGCUGAUAGUAGGCAUUGGCUAGUACUACACACACUGGAUGUAGAGCUCUUCUUCCCUUGAAAUUUGUUAUAAAUGUUACAAAGAAAUAACUUGCAGCCUCCUGAUCUGCUUUUGCAGUGUAGGACCUGAGAAUACUUUGGGAAAUUUUGCAGUAAUUUAAAUUGAGACGUAACUUAGAAUAGAUACGCAAAAUUGCAAUAGACAAAUAUUUGUUGUGAUGGUAUUAGUUGUGAGUUAGUGUCAAGGGACUUGAAUUUUUGACUAAUUUUACUGGGUUUGGUUUGUUUCAUUUAAUUCAUGAUUGUCUACCGUGGAGGUAACAAUCUUUCCAGCUGGGUGUUGGUAUAAAAGAUAUUUAUUAUACUGGGAAGAUUUAGUCCCUUUAGCUCUAAAUAAUUAGGAUUUUGAAGGAUCUAAAAUGCCAUACAAUGUAGGUGUGUAACAUGAUGUUUACAAUAGUGUUGGCUACAAGUCAAAUGGUAUUAAAAUAAAGGUAGUUUACUCUUUUAUUUUAUCCAGCUGAUCUAGCUUGAGCCCAAGAUAUAGGCUCAUAUUGGUACAACUGAAAUAACAUAAAGCUUCAUACUUUUUUGAGAAAAUGAUAAAAGGAAAGGUUCUUGGUACUAUGGGCUGCUCUUUCUGUACAUACAUGGCAUCAUGUAAAUAUGUAUGUAUUGGUCUCUAGAGCAGUUUACACAGUGAGCAUGUUUUUGUGAGCUGACAUCACACCUUGAUACUGAUUGAGUCAAAAGAAUUUAUUUCCUGAUAUGAGUACCAAAACUUUCAGUUGUGCUUCUUUCUUUUCUUAAAAAUGGAAAAGAUAAAAAAAGACAGGACUGGGGAGCGGGAUGGGGGAAAGUAGGGCAGGAAACAGAUAUUUCUAAAUAAAUCUCUCUUUUCAUGAUAUUUCUAAAAUUGUCAAACUCUGGGGGUUUGGGCAUUAUCUGAGCACUUCAGACUGUUGUAUGGAAAAUGUAUGUUAAAAAAGUAGAUGUCUUCUAACAGUGUAAGGAAAGCCUAUUAAGACUACCUGUAUUAUAGUCUGCCUGGGAGUGGGUAGUUCUGAUGAAUACCUUCUGAGCAUACACAGCUGCAACAUCCUGCAGGAAAAAUGUUAUGUAGGAGUGAAUCAUCUCAGAUGGUAAUAAGAGAAGUUGUUUCAAUGCUGACGUUCAUGACUGACCUUACUGUUAUAAAUCAGAGGGCACUGUUUCCAAGGCUUUGAAUAGCAACACUUCCAAAACUCCAUUGAAACUGAGAAGAAUUAUUUUUGUUGUGAGAAUCUGUAACAUUGGUGCACAAAAUGUAUGGCCUCUAACCACUUGUUGUAGAGCUGCAGUGAUUUUUCUGAAUUGAUUGAAAUGUCUUGAAUUGCCUUCAUUACCUAACAAAUUUGAAAGGUACCGAAAUAUAUAGCUAUUUUAGACACAUUUCUCUCUAAGGAGGUUUCCUAUGAGGAUUCUAGAAAUUUCUAACUUAAUUGUCUCAUACCUUUUGUUAGUGUUUGUGGCUUACAGUGCUGUAUAUAGGUGUGUAAUAUAUUGCCUUUUGUAUUUAUAUAAUUCUACUUCUAAGACUAGAUGUGUACAUUUCUUAAUAUUCACUGAAGUCUGUGGAAUAUCUGCCUCAGUCUAUAGAUGUCUGUCUUCACGUGAGAACCUGAAUUUAAAUUACUGCCACACUUUGUCUCAUUCUUCAGCUCAUUAUGUGACACUGUUCUUUGUUUUAGGAACACACUGUUUCACCUUUUUUGCAGUGAAGUAUUCUCUUACACUGAAAACUUACAUUCCUAAUGUAUAAAAUAUGAGGUUGUCUUUUUAGUGUUUAAUAAUUUUGGCCGUAAAAUAAAUUGGGUUUUUUGAAGCUGU